AGCGAGCGCUGUUCCCCAACUGUUGUGAUACUACAAAAUUUCAUACAAGUCAGCCCAUCCACCAUGACAACCACAGAAGGCACGUUCAAGGCGGGCGAUGCGAGCCUCUACACCAAGACGUGGACGCCAGCGGGCCCUGUUGUAGCCAAGCUCAUCUUCGUCCACGGCUUCAGCGAGCACAUCAACCGCUACAACGACUGGUUCCCCAUACUCGCCGAGCACGGCAUCCAGGUCUUCUCAUGGGACCAGCGCGGCUGGGGCCGCAGCGUGACUCGGCCCGCUGAGAAGGGCCUGACCGGGCCAACGGCGCAGGUUGUUGCCGACAUUGUCGCCUUCAUUCAGGAGAAGCUGCCGUCGGACGUGCCCGUCUUCGUCAUGGGCCACUCCAUGGGCGGCGGCGAGGUGCUGACGCUGGCGGGAGACGCGAAGCACCGGCAGCUGGUCGCCCAGAUCCGGGGCUGGAUUCUCGAGGCGCCCUUCAUCGGCUUCUCCAAGGGCGAGGAGCCCAGCGUGGUCAAGGUCGUCCUGGGGAGGCUGGUUGGGCGAUUGCUGCCGCGACAGCAGCUCAAGCAUGUGGUUCCGCCGGAGCACUUGAGCCGCGAUCCGGCAAUCGUCGAGUCCAUCAAGAACGAUGAGCUGUGCCACAACACCGGCACGCUGGAGGGCCUAGCAUCGCUGUUGGAUCGCACGGCGCUGCUCUCUUCUGGGGGAGUGAAGCUGGGCGGUGACGUGCAGGCUCUUCUGCUGACUCACGGCACGAACGACAUGACGUGCAGUUAUGACGCGGCCGUGAAGUUUGUCAAUGACCAGGCGGCGGUUGAGGACAGAGAGACCAAGUCGUAUGACGGUGGAUAUCACCAGCUCCACGCGGACCACUGCAAGGACGAGUACACAAAGGACGUGAUUGACUGGAUCCUGAAGCGAUCCAAGAUCGAUUCGAAGUUGUAAGGAGUCGACCAGCUUGUUGUUAUGAGGCUUGCAUUAUGGCGUUUUUUCCCGUUUUUCUUUUAGGAUAGUCGAUCAACUUGGCUGCUUACAUGGAUGCAGCCAUCUAUCCGUACAUGUAACCCCCGGUCCUUACAUAUAAUACUUAGCUAUCUACGUUUCAAUAAGGGAGUGGCUAUUCAGCACCCCAUGUUCGCUGUUC